UUAUUCUUCAAUUAGUCAGAUUAAAACAUAAAGGAAAUCAUUAUGGGUCGUCAACACCAAAAUUUGGGAUGCUGCCUCGUUGCUCUAAUUGUCCUGCAAUUGGCCCUUCCAGCUUUGGCCCUUCCUCAAUUGUUCAACAAAGUUGCUGAACAAGGUAGGAAAUUCGCCGUCAAGCCCAACUCCAACAAGAAAGUGAUUACCGAAACCAACGAAAUUGCCCCAUCUGAACAGCAGAGCAGCGGUGGAUUCCAGUGGAGCAACAUUUUGGGCAUGCUCAUCCAAAUGUUUUUGGGCAGCACUUCGGGCGGAAUCGACAAAGCCGACUCUGGAGUCAACGCCGCUCAGGGUGGCUUCAACUGGAUGAGCCUGGUCAACUUGGGCCUGCGUCUGAUGCUCUCCACUUUGAAUAACGGCGGUGCUGCGGGACUCGACAAGGCCGAUUCCCAAUCCGGUUCUGCUGCAGCCUCCCUUUCUCAGGGUUUGCUGUUGCCUCUGAUGGCCAGCUUUUUGGGUGGUCAAGAGAAGGCCGAUGUCGCCUCACUGGCCAAACAAGCCGGCAACUUGAUUCAGCUGAUUUCCAGCUUGAUGGAUGCCCUGAAGGUUAGCUUCUCCCAACGUAGCUCUCAAGCCCGAUCCCUCGGAAACAAGGACCCAUUCUCCGAUGCCGCCGUCGCCGCCGUCACCAUCAUGAAGGGUUACGUUGAUACCCACAAAACCACUGAUGAGGUUUGCAUGCAACGUAUCAUGUGUGACGCCAACAAUGCUUGCGCUCGUGACGCUCCCGACUCCGGAUAUCUUUUCUGCCAGCUCGGAACAUACGCCGCUGGAUACCUUUUGGAAAAAUCGACUUUCACCCCAUUGGACGCUUACACCCAAGCAGGACGACAGGGCCGCACUGGCGAGAGCUGCGCCCAGAUCUACUCCCAGUGCAAUGAGCUCUAAGGAACAACGACACUUUAAUUAUUUGAUUGAAGCUUUAUACUCUUUUUUUUAAAACUUCCCCAACAACAAACGAUAACGAUGCCCUUAUUAAUUUCCUAAUUUAAAAAACAACAACAAAAGACAGAAAAGAAAGAAAAAGAAUUUGAUCUAAUUUUUGUUGCACUCAACGGGCUGGAACCGUUGUCCAUUAUAUGUGAAACUAUUAAGCAAAUCUUGUUGUCAUUAUUAUGCAUUCGUCUUUUAAUGCUAUUGUAAUGGCUAAUGAAAAGACACAUAAAUUAUUUCAAGAUUCUAAAAACAA